AUGGCUCGACAACAGUCUCUUGAUUCUCAAAGGCCAAUAAUGGCUCCUUCUGUAUGGUUUUUCCAAUUCUCUCUUUUCCGUAAUACCCACUCCCUCAGACCUUUUAAAAUCUCCUUCUUCUCCGCUACCUCGACGUCGCGCGAUUUAAAGCCCUCCCAGAGCAAGAAUAGCAAUACUGAGUUGUCACCCAACGCCCCGCGGCGAAAGCAGGUCUCCUCACAGCGAAACUCUCAACGUUUCUCCACAAUCAGCGCGACAGGUUCCCUCGCCCUAUCUGACCACACCGUCUCGAGCACAAUGACUGGCGAUAGCCGUCUGGCCGAAAUUAAAGAACUAGGUGCCGGCCUAGAACGCCUUGAGAACAAACCUCUCACCAAACAGCGAUUCGUACCAACCCCGGAGAAAACAGAUAACCUCAACAAACUCGCAUUGGGUGCGAAGGUCGAGCGUGCGCUAGGGCGGAGAAUGUCCAGUCAGGACGCUAUUAUGCGCAAGCGCACUCCGAUAGAUGAAGAAAAGGAGGCCCUCAAGAUGCAGGCAGGAUCAUGA